UCGCCAGUGUCCUGCAGGAAGCCAGGAAAGAAACAUGGACGUCGUCAGUCUGGUUUUGUGGCUGGUGACUGUCCUUGGAAGGAAUUCAGCAGCGUCAGCGUCGCGUCCUGGAUAUGUGCUCACGUAUAAGCAACACGAGCGCUGCGAUGCCUCAAGGCAGCCAUCUUGCGCCAACAGUUCCUCUCUCAAUUACUGCUUGGAAGACGACGAUUACCCGCUGUACGAAAUCAAGGCUUACAUCCACGCCGACGCCAUCUUCCGGAAGAAGUACUCCGACGUCCGGAGUCAGUCGGCCGAAGACCUGGUCGAGAACGUCAGCCGCAGCCAAGAGAGGGACUUCUCCUACCCCUACACCGGAGCAUCGACACUGCAGGACUCCCCUUACGACGUGAGCCACUGGGCCGGUCCCGAGGGCUACGCGUGCCCUUCGGACGUCGUUUACGCCGCGCUCAAGCGCGCACAGAACGGCGAGGGAAGGUGGAGGGUAGUUGUCAGCGACGCGCCCUAUUAUUCCCAGACGGUUCGUCUGGAGACGUGCUCGUUCCCGAGCGCCGCCUGCCGUACCUUGGCGCCUUGCUACAAGAGCGCCUGCGCGCAGAAGUACGUCUACCAUCGGCUGCUUUCUUGGGAUCCCUGCGAUCCUUACAGGGGCCUGUUCGUCGACACCUACAAGCUGCCUUCUGCUUGCUCGUGUCACGUGCCUGCUAAAUGAUCUGUGCUCUGUCUACCUCGUCAAGAAAUGGAGUAUUGUGACAUUCAGAUCAAAAUAUGCCUUUGGACUUUUUACAGUAUUGUUUUGCAGAGUCAACCCUUUUUCAUGAUAUGGUUAUAAAAAGAAAAUCUACGCUUUAUAUAUGAAUAGGUUAUGAAAAGAAUUCGU